AUGCCCUCCAUCCUCAACCUCAAGUUCAAAGGGAACAAAUCCUUCGUGCCGUUCAGUAAUCUCAGCGAUGCGGAUUCUCUGACCAAGACAUGGAAGGUUUGCACCAAGGUCGCCAGCUUCCUCGAACAGGGACAGCGACUCGAGAACUUGAGCUGGAGGCUGUGGCACCUCCAGAACCUCAUGGUCGACUCCGACAACGCCAAGUCCAAGCGCGACUUCAAGAAGCUCUCCAAGUGCAUGAGCGACAAGCUCGACAAGGAGAAGGGCCGGAGCAUUGAAGAACUCCAAGCGCCCGACUUCAAGCGCAACCACUCUACCGAGCUCCUCCAGCAGCGCGCCAUCGAGAAGGAGCGCGAGCGCGAGGCCAGCCACAUCGGCGGUCCCCUCAACCGCAUGCAGUUCACCUUCUCCGUCGACCAGCCCUUCUCCAUCGUCGCUUCCGUCGCCCCCACCAAGAAGCCGGACCUGAAGCCUUCGCCCGAGUUCAAGGACGUCAAGCGCAUCCGCCCAUCCACCCGCGCCUCCGCGACCGAAGAAAACGCAACGUCCGAGGACCAGCCCCUCACCCAACGAGGGCGCAAGUCCGAUGCGUCCGCCAAGUCCGAAGCCGGCAAGGACGACAUGUACCACGCUGCAGCACUCCGUUUCCCCUCCCUCUUCUCCACAGACUUCGGCCCUUCAGCCCUCCUCUACCCUUCCCCCACCGUCACGAACGCCAUGACCUACGGAGAGGGCGUCGGCCCCUCCACGACUGCCUCCAACGAUGGCUUCUCCAUCGUCCGCCCCACGAUCGAACUCCCUCUCGACGAAAUCCUCAACGCCGACUCCCCCAGUGGCUGGUCCACCGGGCUCCCCCACUCCGACGCCCGCCCACCCGCGGAGCGCUUUGACACCCAGGAAGACGUCGAGAUGAAAGACUCCACCCACUUCUCCUCCCACCACGCCACCCAGCCGUCCGCGUCGAGCGACGACGAGCGCAUGCGCAAGUCCGCGCCGCUUCGCCCGGUGCUGAACGCCGCCGAGGACGUCGUCCCGCGUACGAUCACGCCCUCGCGCAUCGGGCCCAACUCGGGCCCGGGCGCGAACCACGCGCCGUCGGCCUCGACCGGGAAGCGGCCGUCCCUGAGCGUGCGCACACAAUCUGUGAGCACCCGCUCGAAUGGUCCGAGCGCCACCCCCGUGAACUCCUCGCAGCAAAACAGCACUCCCAACUCGGCCCCCGGCGGCGUCAAGGCAGAGUGCUCCAACUGCGGCGCGACGCACACCCCCCUGUGGCGCCGAGGGCUCAACGACGAGCUGAACUGCAACGCGUGCGGCCUGUACUGCAAGCUCCACAAGCGCCCGCGUCCUAAGAGCAUGCGGAACAGCCAUGGCGAAGGGCGCGCUCAGGCCGCGCCGCGCCAGGAGUCGCAGGAAGUCGUCGCACAAUGCUACAACUGCCACACCACGGCGACGCCGCUCUGGCGCAAGGACGACGAAGGCAAGACCGUGUGCAACGCCUACAAGCUGCACGGGUCGGCCCGCCCCAUCUCCAUGAAGUCGGACGUCAUUCGCAAGCGGGCACGCCACGACGCGCGCCGUGGCACGGGCAACAGCUCCUCUGAGACCCCGCCGUCGGCAAGCCCAGGCGCGAGCCGCCGGGCAUCGCCCAACGUGGAGUCGACGCCGACGCUCGCGCCCGACUCGUCGACGCAGAGCGCGCCCAACGGCGGGGAGGUCCCCUCGAGCGCGAGCAGCAACGGCUACAGCUCGAUGCAGUCGGAGCUCAUGGGCGCGCUCGGUUCGGGCGAGCACUCGUACAGCAACAGCAUGUUCGGCGGCAAUUCGAACUACUUCCCCGGGCCGUACCACCCGGACUACCUCUCGCAGCUGUACAACGUCCCGAACGACGCGCUCCCCUUCGCAUCCUCCGGCUCCGGCGACACCUCGGACGUCGAGUCCUCUUCUGAGCCGCGCAGCGCCAAGCGCCGGCGGAUGAGCAGCGACUCUGCCUCGGAGCCGCCCUCGUCCGCGGUCUCGUUCUCGAGCUACGGCGACUCGUCCUACACGUCCGCGUCCUCGUCCGCCUCGCACUCGCAGCGCUCCUCGGUCGACUUCCCGUACACGCCGUACACGUCCUUCAACAUGCUCCGUGGGGGACCGUGGCACCCUCCGAUGCUCCCGCCGGACGCGUCGCCGCAGUUCAUGCACCCGCCGAUGCUGCCCCCGUCGGACGACUCGCCGAUGUUCUACCACCCGCCGAUGGUGCAGAGCGACGACACGGACGCGCUCUUCGCCGCGUACCUCCACCCUCCGAUGGUCCUCCCCGACGACAGCCCGCCGAUGAGCUCCCUGUCGCUGCACCCGCCGAUGCUCCCGACGGACUGGAAGAUGCAAACGCAGGACAUUUACGCGGACGGGAACGCGAUGCAGACGUUCUAA